GGUCGGCCUUCAACUAGGUAAAAAGCCCUUCGAUUGUACGAGUAACUCAAUCUCGGCUGGGUAGUUUUAGCUCAAAUUAGUGUAAUUCGGCUGUGUUCCCUGUUUGAUUGAUAGAGAAAAUUUUAGUGCAAUUCGGGAAAAGAAAAUGGGCUUCGUAUACUUGGCUUCAGUAUUAGCAAUUCUGUGUUUAUCUGGCUCUCAAGUUGUUUAUGCACAGUACGAUGGCUGGCAAUCAGCUCAUGCUACCUUCUAUGGCGGCAGCGAUGCUUCUGGCACCAUGGGGGGAGCGUGUGGGUAUGGCAACCUGUACAGCCAAGGCUAUGGUACUAACACAGCUGCCCUGAGCACAGCACUCUUCAACAAUGGCCAGACCUGCGGCGCCUGUUAUGAAAUGAAAUGCAACGAUGACCCACAAUGGUGUUUACCCGGAACAGUGACUAUCACAGCCACCAACUUCUGCCCACCAAACAAUGCUCUGCCCAACGACAAUGGAGGAUGGUGCAAUCCCCCUCUGCAGCACUUUGACAUGGCAGAGCCUGCGUAUGAGCAGAUCGCCAAGUAUAAGAGCGGCAUCGUACCAAUCCUGUUCAGAAGAGUGCCCUGCCAGAGGAAGGAAGGAAUUCGGUUCACCAUUAAUGGCCACUCCUACUUCAAUCUGGUGCUCAUCUCCAACGUGGGAGGAGCAGGUGAUGUGCAAUCGGUGGCCAUCAAAGGAGAUAAGACAGGCUGGCAAGACAUGUCACGCAACUGGGGACAGAACUGGCAGAGCAACUCUUACUUGAAUGGCCAGGCGCUAUCAUUCAAGGUCACCACCAGUGAUGGGAGGACAACAUAUUCUUACAACGUGGCGCCUGCUGGCUGGCAAUUCAGCCAAACAUUCCAAGGAAGUCAGUUCUGAGCAGGUCCAGCUGGAUCUUGGAGAGUGAUAUGGGGAUGAUGAGGUGGCUCCAACGUGGCGCCCCGCCCCCUCCUCCAUCAAUCAUUUUUGUAUAUACACUCUCUACCUGUAAUCUCGACUGUCCCAUCCUUCCAACGAAGGGAGAGGAAAAACCGUUGGUCGUUAACAUGUUUUUCUGGUAUUCUGUCAUCGGAAGAGCAAGUAUUAUAUUUUACUUCCUUCUGAAAUUUGUUUGCUAUUGUAAGUCUGUGUCAUAAACCGGAGCAGGAAGCUCAUCGGGCUCUUCAUAUUGAAAAGAUUGAAAUAUGUAAUUUCGCUCGCUUCUCUUUAAACAACAACCUACUUUUCGAGACUAAA